AUGUCUGGAGCUGCAGACCGAGAGGCGGUCUUCCCGACGAGACAGUCGUUGGGUCUCAUGAAGGCAAAGUUAAAGGGAGCUGAGACCGGCCACAGCCUGCUGAAGCGCAAGAGUGAGGCACUUACCAAGCGAUUCCGAGACAUCACGCGGCGAAUCGACGAGGCGAAGCGCAAGAUGGGACGGGUCAUGCAGAUCGCUGCGUUUUCCCUGGCAGAAGUAUCGUACGCCGUGGGAGGAGACAUAGGCUAUCAAGUACAGGAGUCUGCGCGAUCAGCACGGUUUCGGUUACGCACGAAGCAGGAGAACGUUUCUGGUGUCUUCCUGCCCGCCUUCGAGAGCUACCUGACGGAGGGAAAUAACGAUUUCGGCCUGACGGGUCUUGGCAAGGGUGGUCAACAAGUACAGAGAUGCAGAGAGACAUACGCCCGCGCUGUAGAGACGCUGGUCGAACUUGCGAGUCUGCAGACUGCCUUUGUCAUCUUGGAUGAGGUGAUCAAGGUUGUCAACCGAAGAGUCAAUGCCAUUGAGCACGUCAUUAUACCCAGAACAGAGAACACCAUCAAGUACAUCAACUCCGAACUCGACGAGCUGGACCGAGAAGAGUUCUACAGAUUGAAGAAAGUUGCCGGCAAGAAACAGCGCGACGUUGCUGCUGCAGACGCUGAGAUGAAGGCCAAGAAGGAAGCCGCGGCAAAGGCAGAUCAGGAGAACGUUCAGCCGGAUGAUGACUCAGGGCCAGCUGACAUGUUGGCUACUGGCGAGGAAGAAGAUGUCAUAUUCUAG